UUCGUGCUCCUCAACCUGCAUCAUCAUCAUCAGCAGCAUUCGCCAUCACGAUGCCGCCGUAUGCGAAUGGCCUGGCGGCUGACUCGCAGUCGAAGCGCAAACGGCAGACGCAAAAAGCCGCAGCUGUCGAAGAAGAGGGAUCCGCAGAACAGACACCUCUGGAGCUCGACCUGCCGGAUAGCGACGAGGAAGAUGCGGAGGAGCAGGAAGGAGCUGAGGCUGGAUUGAGCGGCGAUGAAAGCGAUCAGGAAGAUUUCCCUGAGAUCGAUGCCCUCUCGUCUGGAGAUGAUGAGGAGGAUGAUGACGACGAUGAUGAAGAGGCAGAGAUAGACAGUGAUGAAGUAGAAGACGAGGACGACGAGGAAGAAGGGACAGACGACACCGAGGAGGAAUACGACGAGGAUGAUGAAGAAGCUCGCGCUCGCUCAUUUGCCCAACGAAACGCCACCUCAGACGAGGUCAACGAGGAGCUUGACCGUAUGGUGAAGAGAGCAACCGUCAAACCCAAUGAGGAGGAGUACCGCCGCACCAAGCUCGGCCUCAUGCAGCAUCAAGCAGCUCCAGAGCUCAACAAGCUUCGCAAUGCAGAUGGCAGCGCAAAGUCACGCAUCGAACGCAGCAAGCUCACGGGUGAGGCCAAGCGCGUCUAUCCGGACAUCGAGCCAGACUACGAUAGCGACAGCAGCACAGAGGACGCACCCAAUCGAAUCGGUAACGUGCCGCUUGAGUGGUAUGACGACAUGCCCCACAUCGGAUACGAUGUCGAUGGGCGCAAGGUCAUGCGACCGGCAAAGGGAGACGAGCUGGACAAGUUCCUUGCUACGGUCGAAGACCCUACCUCGUGGACAAGCGUCGAGGACAAAUUGAUGGGCAAGGACGUCCAGCUCACCGACGAGGAGCUCGACAUCAUCCGUCGCUUGCAGAAGGGAGAGAUCGCAGACGGGGCCUACGACCCGUACGAGGACUACGUUCCUUGGUUCACAGGUGAGGGCAAGGAGGAAGUCAUGCCCAUCAGUGCCCGUCCGGAGCCAAAGAGUCGCUUUGUCCCCUCAAAGUGGGAGCACAAAAAGGUCAUGAAGAUCGUUCGUGCUAUUCGUCAAGGUCGCAUUACGGCCAAGGCGCCCGCAGAGAGCAAGAAGCCGGCUAUAUUCAACAUCUGGGCAGACAGCGACUCACAACCUCGUGCCGACCACCCGAUGCACCUUCCCGCCCCCAAAUUGCCUCCGCCGACCACGGCAGAGUCGUACAAUCCACCUGCCGAGUAUCUCUUUACGGAUGAGGAGCGCAAGCAGUGGGAGGAGGCGGAGAAGGAGGACCGAAAGACGUCCUUCAUCCCUGCCAAGCACCAGUCGCUGCGUCUCGUGGGAGGGUACCAGGACUUCAUGCAGGAGAGGUUCGAGCGAUGCCUCGACCUCUACAUGGCGCCGCGUGUUCAGCGCAAGCGUCUCAAUAUCACGGACCCGGACCAGCUCCUCCCAAAGCUGCCUUCACCGCAGGAGCUCAAGCCUUUCCCAUCUACUUGUGCAGUGGUGUAUCGCCACCCGAACAACUCGAGGGUACGCUGCGUUGCCGUCGACCCACGGGGAGCAUGGCUGGCGACAGGAGCCGACGACGGGAGGGUGAGACUGUGGGAUGUCGAGAUUGGGAGGUGCGCGGCUGUCUGGGACCUCAACUACGCGUCGGCAGAGAAGGAUCGCUCUCCCGUGCAUUCAUUGGGGUGGUGCCCGAACAAGUCGCUCGGCUUGCUCGCGGCCGUAACAACGAACAAGGUCACCAUCCUUGCACCUCCGCAGCUGAGCCCUGGCGCCUCUACCGCGACUGCCUCCUCUUCAUUCCAGUAUGCAGUAGCAGGCCAACAGUCCGCCGCUGCCGCAGCCGUUGCGGCAUCUAGCUCAUCGGCACCCGCGUCCGUCUCCUGGACCAAGCCGACGGAGCGCGAACGCAGCACAGGCAUCGCGGCGCACAUCAGCUUCGCUGGCACGCCCAAGCAGGUGACAUGGCACAGCAAGGGAGACUAUUUCGCCACCGUCUGCCCGGAUGGCGGAUCGAGCACUUCCGUCCUCAUCCACCAAUUGACACGCCACCGCAGCCAAGCACCGUUCAAGCGUGCAUCAAAAGGUUCAGCAGUUCAGCGCGUGGCCUUCCAUCCGACUAAACCACACCUCUUCGUGGCGACGCAGCGCUAUGUACGCGUGUACGACCUGGCAGCACAGAGCUUGAUCAAGACUCUGCAGUCUGGCUUGAGGUGGAUCUCAAGUCUCGACGUCCACCCGUCGGGAAAUCACGUCGUGGUAGGAUCGUACGACCGCAGGCUGGCGUGGUUCGAUCUGGACCUCUCUGCUCGCCCAUUCAAGACGCUGCGAUACCACACACGCGCCAUCCGUACUGUCGCGACUUCGCGCUCUUACCCUCUGGUCGCUUCGGCGGGAGACGAUGGACAGGUGCACGUUUUCCACGCUACGGUGUACGAUGACAGUGAGGUGGCGGGCGACUUUGGUAGGGACCCGCUGAUCGUACCGCUUAAGGUGCUGAGGGGGCACGAGGUUAAGGAGGGGCUGGGCGUGUUGGCGAGCGCAUGGGUGCCCGGCAUGCCCUGGAUCGUUACGGCAGGGGCGGAUGGGACUGCCAGGUUGUGGACUACGUGAGCGGCGAGCAUGUCUGAAAUAGCCCAACUUCAUUCAUCGCGAACAUGGUCACAUUUGCAUUGCAUUGCACAGCAAGCGAUUUUCUCCCAACCUGUCUCCACCUCACCUCGCGCGAGCGUGCAC